AAAUAUUCUGUGAUAUAACCAAAUUAUAACUAAUAUUAUUUGAAGACUUUGAUUUUUGAAUUAGUUCUGUAAUUUAAUUUUGUAUAUAUUAUCGGUGAUAUUAAUUCAAUUAACAAUGCCUAAGAUUAAAAGUAAAAGAAAAUCUGGAAUACGAUCGAAAUAUGCUGGAAAUGAAGACAAUAGUGUAGAAACCAAAGAGGAAAGUAAUCUAGCCAAGUUGUUAUUGCAUGAAUUAAAAAAAGGUGAUACACACGCAAUAAAAGCUAUAUUAUGUGUUGAUGAAGAGAAAAUUGUGGAAUCUUUAUGGAAACUGCGGAAUAAUAUAGUAGAAGAAUUAUUGGAAAAAUUGGUAACCUUCAUGCAGAAAAACAGAUUAUUAAAAGAUGCAGCUUCGUUAUGGAUACAACAACUUUUAAAAACAAAUGCCACACAUUUGAUGAAUAAACCCAACAUAGGAGAUAUGUUGACUCCGUUAACAAUAGUUUUACAAGAACAUAUUGAUUUCCAAAAAUUAUUAAAAGGCGUUCAAGGCAAUAUUAAUUACAUUUUGAAUCAUACCAAUAGAAAAAAAAGUGAUGAAGUAGAUGAAGAAAUUAUUUCAAAUGAAGAUUCAGAUGAUAACUCAAUUGAACAAUUCAAUAUGCAUUCUCCAGAAAGUUACUCCAGUGAUGAUCUAAAAGAUGACCUCAGUGAUGAUUUACAAGAUGACAACAGUGAAGAUGUAAAAGAUGGCUCCAGUGAAGAAGAAUAAAACUAAAUAAUGUUGAAUUUUUGUUUUCUAUUAUGAAGCGGACAACGUUUCUAUUUAAAACAAUAUUGUGAUAGACUAGUUUUUCGAAGCCGAUUUGCUUCCUAUGUGAAAUAUUUUGUUAAAAUGUACAUCCAUAUGAAAUUAGAAUAUAUUUCAACCGAACUUUU